UUUUUAAAAGUACACCAAUUAUAUUCGACGCGUUCUAAAAUUGUUUCCUAUUAAAUGAUUUGAAAAAAAAAAAAAAACGAAAUGGACGUAUUUGAACUACAAGACGAUAUUAACACGUCUAGUAUUUGGAAAUCUCAUUUGAAUUUAGAAGAGAGAAUUGCUAUGGCUAAUUCUUUAGAAGUAAUAAAAGGGAAGAAAAAUUUUCAGCUGGUUCAAUUUUGGGGGAAAAUUAUUGGUAAGAAUGCCACUUAUUAUAUCCUUAUAGGAAGAGGUGAAGAUAUUUUAUUAGAUAAAAGCUUUUAUUACAGUUUUGAUUGUUUGAACUGGAACGAUUUACCUAUUGCUAACAAUACGUUUGAUAUAAAUCUGAUCAAUUCUACUUUCGUCGGAGAUCCUUCUUAUAUUUAUAAAAUCGAUUCGAAUCAGUCGGAGAGAGAAGUCAAAGAUGAAGAUGCAGAAGAAGAUAAAGAUAUAAAAAAUUCGAUGUACGAAGAAGAAAGAAUUGCAGAAGUAGUUGCAAUGAUAGAAGACGAGGUAGCUAUAGCGCCCAUUGGUGCUUACAUUCAAACAGUGGAUGGCACAGUCAAAUCGAAUCCUUCUUUUUCUGGUCUUUCUAAACAUAUGGCCAUUCGUGCAUCGUCUUACGUUCAUCUACGUAAGCCUGCCUCAUCUUGGACCGGACGACUAUGGAAGAAUUUAGAAUUCCUUCAACCAAUUACAGAAGAUAUCAUAUCUGAUCAGUGGAUGGUUCGUCUAACACCGAAUCAUAGCUCCAUAAUGAUCAUGAAUUACCUUUGGCCCGGUAUGGUUUUCUAUCAUAAAAUUCAAACUAAGUCCUUCUCACAGUUGUAUAUAGGAGACGGGAGACGAAACAAUGAUUUGCAAUUCAUGUUCUGAGCUUCGAUAUUAUUAUGCUUUGAAUAAAACAUGUUUAGAAUAUAAAUAAAUAAUUUAUAAUUUAAAA